CACAAAGAAAAUGACAAAAGAUAUGAAACUUAGCAUUGUUCUCUGCCUUCUCAUUUUCCUCACCAAGUUUGAGUUCAUUUGCAGCCAUGAACAGAAAGAGCAGGACAAAGUGUCUGCUCUGCCUGGCCAAAACUUUUUAGUGAACUUCUCGCACUACGCCGGAUACGUUACAGUGAAUGAGGAACAGGGAAAGGAAUUCUUCUACUGGUUCAUCCAGGCUUCUCAGGAUCCAUCUUCCAAGCCUCUUGCUCUCUGGCUUAAUGGAGGUCCUGGAUGCUCGGCAAUUGCAUUUGGGGAGGCAGAAGAAAUUGGACCUUUUCACAUUAAUCCAGAUGGGAAGUCAGUAUAUCUCAACUCAUACGCUUGGAACCAAGUUGCAAAUAUAAUAUUUCUGGAUUCACCUGCUGGUGUUGGCUUUUCAUAUGCCAAUUCAUCUUUUGACCUUUCAAACCAAGGAGAUCAAAGCACAGCGGAGGACAAUCUAAAUUUUUUAUUGAAGUGGCUUGAGAGAUUUCCUGAAUAUAAGCAAAGAGAGUUUUACAUCCUUGGAGAGAGUUAUGCAGGACAUUUUGUUCCACAGUUAAGCAAAGCCAUCUCAGAAUACAACUCUGAAAAUGAAGACAACUCCAUCAACUUGAAGGGCUUUAUGAUUGGGAACCCCUUGGUUGAUGAUCACAAUGAUCAAGUUGGAAUAUUCCAGUUCAUGUGGACACUCGGUUUGAUUUCCGACCAAUCCUAUGAGAUGUUAAACCUCUAUUGUGCCAAUGAUUCAUACCUUAAUGCCUCCGAGGAGUGUAACAAUGCUCACAGUGGUGCUGCCCAAGAAAUUGGAGAUAUUGAUUACUACAGUCUCUUUACUCCUGUCUGCACUUCUACCACUCUUGCAGCCAGAAAUUGGCUCACCCAAACAUGGCUAAGAAAGAGUAGAGUUUCAAGGGAGUAUGAUCCAUGUACUGAAAAGUAUGCAAUCUCUUACUUCAAUCAACUCUCAGUUCAAAAGGCUCUUCACGUUAGAGGCGCACCUAUCAACUGGGAGACCUGCAGUAAUGAAGUACACUAUAAGUGGAAGGAUUCAGCUGGAUCGGUGCUGCCAACCAUCAAAGAACUUACUGGCAUUCGCAAAUGGGUGGUCAGUGGUGAUACAGAUGCUGUGAUCCCAAUCACCUCCACACGAUACAGCAUAAAUGCUCUUCAUCUUCCCACCGUUGGGCCUUGGAGAGCUUGGGAUGAUGAUGGCCAGGUAGGAGGGUGGACACAACAGUAUGAAGGACUGACCUUUGUGACAGUGAGAGGGGGAGGCCAUGAAGUUCCUCUGCACAAACCAAAGCAGGCUCUUGCAAUCUUUAAAUCCUUCUUGGCUGGGGAACAAAUGCCAUCUUUUCAGCAACUCAGUAAAGACAUCUAAAAUUUCAGGGGG